AUUUCAUCAGAAAAACUUAGCAUUACAUCAGUUAUCUCUCAAACAUAUAUAUUCAGAAGCAUAACAAGAAAACGUUUCAGCCCGCGUUUCAGUUAACUGACGAAGUCAAAUACGCAACUCAGAGACAUUAUACGAGAUAAGUCGAUCUAUACAUCUCGAAACAAUAUCAUAAUUUGCUGAGAAGAUGUCGCACGUUCGCUUCUUUCCAACAUUUCGUCUUUCUCGAAGGGUCUGUCAAGAUAUUCAUCGUCCUGCCAUGUUUGGGAAACAUUGGAAAAGAAUGAUGGAUCACCACCUCGGUAUGAUGGAAAAGUUGUACGACAUCAGCGAUGAGCUCCAGUCAAAGUCAGGAUCGCAUCGUUUAUGGAGCAAGGACGCUAACAAGCCGUUCUGGUGGAAUCGAUAUGAGGACAGCCAAAGUCUCACACAGCAAUCCGCCCGUUCAUUUGGAAAGAUCUCUCUGGGGGAAGAUGUCAGUAAUUUCGAAAUGGUGGUCGAUCUCGGAGAGAAGUUCAAGUCCGACGAGGUCGAUGUCAGUAUCAAGCUGGUUAAUGACAGGGAGCUUCAUGUCGGUGCUGCGAUGGAGAAGGGGUCCACCGAUGGCGGCAACUAUCAAAAGCAAAAUUUCUCGAAUGUCGUCUUGCUACCGCAGGAAACCGAUGUCGAAAAGUUAAAGGCAAUAUUGAGUGAAGAUGGCUUUUUGAAAGUAGAGGCACCGAUGGUGAGGUCAGAUAAGUCCGAUGACAUCCCCACCAGAGAGAUUGAAAUUGAGAGAAAAUCUGAUUCUACUAUCAAAUCGGAUCCAUAAAUAUUUUUCUAGAAAAACAGAUUCAGGUGGAUUGAAGUUUAUUACAGUUUAUGUUGUUAGAAAAUUGAGUGUUAUCUCACCGGUUUGGAAAGAGACCUGUCCAUUAAAUUCUAAAUGACGUUGUGUUAAUCAUGACAGUAUUCAUAUUUCUGACUGGUUAAAAAUAUUUAGCAUUGUUUCUCAUUAUUUACAAUAUCUUUCAAGUCUGUUCGCGUUCGAAAGUUUAGAUUUUUAAAAUCAAUAUUAUUCUCAUUCCAAACACCAAAUUAAGAUAAUACUAUGCCUAUUGGCAUUUUGUUUUUUCAGUGUACGACAAAGGAGCGGGAGCUUAUUCACGGCACCACCACCUCUGUUUAUUUUUCAUGAUAUUGUUUGAUUGAAAUUUAUAUUACAGGUACAUCUCAUAAUCUAAUAUUGGACAAAGAGAAGCAAAAUUUACAUUAUGUUUCGCUCAUUGUAACCUUUGCAUUGUACAUGGGUAUUAAUAUGUUCAUAUUAGGCGAUGUACUCUCUAAAUUCAUUAUAGUGAAACAAGGGAACAAUUCAAAUUGGUUUCCAAAUCAUAAAUUCCUUCUCAAUUUUAUUUUGGAUUGAUCAACUAUUGCUGUAAAGUUUAUUAGUAUCUGAAUAAAUUAGAAAGUAUCUUUGAUAUUAUGUGAAAACAUAAUAUAAUCUAAUAAGAGUGAACAAUUUGUCAAAAUGUUUUUGCAUGUACAUGGUUGCAUACUAUACAACAGGAGCGGCAAUCCUGGGGGGGGGGCACAUUGUGAACUUCUGAAAAGGUGCCCUUUUUACGAAAGAAAAAUACCCCUCACGAACGUGUACUGUGCCCCUUUCACCUGAGGAGGACCCGUUUAAAGUGCCCGUUCUCGUAUCAGUGCCAUUUUUAAAAGAAAAAAUGCGCCCUCGCCGACGAACGUGUUCUGUGCCCCUGUCACCUGAUAAUUAAUUUUCUGUAGAAAUUGGCAAGGAUUCGAGAUACCCGAUUUGUUGGUUAGAAAGUGCAAUCAUAUCUCGAAUCUUUGCCAAUUUCUACAGAAAAAUGCCCCCUCAUGAGUGUGUUCUGUGCACCUUUCACCUGAGAAUGACCCGUUUUAAGUGUGUUCAAGGGCCCAUUGCUUUCUUGCAAGUGCCCUAUCUCGUAUCAGUCCCCCACCCCCUUUUUAACUGAAGAAAGUGCCCCACACGAAAGUGUUUUGAGCCCCUUUGAAACAAGAAAACAAUAUGCUUAUUUUUAUAUGUUACAAAACUAGUACGCGUACAGAUAGGGGCUCUUGCCCCCUCCCCAAUUUUUUCACGACCAAGAAAAAAAGGAAAGAGAGGAGGGUGAACUAUGAUAUUAUUUUCUGAAUAAUAAUUGUCAAAAUCUAUCACAAAAUUAGUUUUUCAUUAUAAAUUUAUCAAAAAUUUUGCUCUCUCGCAGCUUCCUAUAAAUUUACAUGAUAUAUAGCCCCCUCAAAGUAUUUAAGUCAUUAAGAUAAGCCAUUUUUCUUUGUUUUAAGAUAGUGCCAUUUUCAAAAGAAAAAGGUUUCCUUUUUUCCAUGUGCCCCUCCCCCAUUU